AUGGAGAGGGCGGAGAGAAGGCCUGCUGCUCCCACAGCUGAUCCCGCAGGGGCUGUUGCUGCGGCGUCUUCAUCGGCAGCCUCCGCAGCAGCAGUAGCAGAACCAGCAGCAGCAGCAGCAGCAGCGAAAAUGGCCAGCAAUCGUCCUGCGCCGCGUUCUGAGUCGAGCCAGCAAAAGCCCGGGCAGAACGAGGAGAGCAAUAAUGACAGGCGUGGCACUAGAGGCAGCAGCAGCAGCAGCAGCAGCAGCGACAGCAACAGCAGCAGCAGCAGCGGCGACAGCAGCAGCAGCACAAGGCGGCCGAUAUCUUUUUCUGUUGCGCCAAGCGCUUCUGAUAAAGGCUGCUUACAGUGCAGGCAGGCCACAACGGCAGCAGCUGCAGGAGCAGCAGCAGCAGCUGCUGCUGCUGCUCCGGAACUGCUGCAAAGCGUCAGUGACAGCAGCUCUUCUGCUGAGCCUUCGACUUUACCUUCCGCUGCACCCGGUAACCCUGGCGUUGAAGGUCAGCGCUUCGAGCUAGCUCACCAGGAGCCAGAAGCAGCAGCAGCAGCAGCAGGUACAACAGCAGCAGCAGCAGCUGACACUGAUGUUCCUGAAGAGGCUGAAGAGGCGGAGGCGGAGGCCCCAGCAGACGAGUCAGUGACUCUCGCCAACUUCAUGCGAGGGGGUCGCAGCGCUGCAGCAACAGCAGCAGCAGCAGCAGCAAGACGACGGCGCCACCCCGAACUAGCAGCAACAGGGUGGGAGCCUGCACAGCCCCCGACGCAAGCUGGCGCCUCCAGAAGCAGCAGCAGCAGCAGCAGCAACAGCAACAGCAGCAGCAGUGCGAUUGCUGCGCUAGCUAGCGGCGCCCCAGUGCUCGCCCCGGGGUGCGUGGUGGCAGCAGCACGGCAAGCAGCAGCAGCAGCUUCGGAAGCAGCAGCAGCAGUGGCGUCGCUGCAUGCGGGGCAGCUGUCUUUGCUGCCAGCUGCGAGUGCAGCAGCAGCAGGAGCAAGAGCUUUGCUGCCGUCUGCUGCUGCUGCGCGGGCCCACCGCAGCAAAAGGAAAAGACUAAGAGAACGCAAGACCAUUUUGUCCGAAGCUGACUGGGAAGCAGCACUUAGUGCUGUCAUAGAGAAAACUUACUAUCCUGAUUUGCCGCUGCUGCGGCUGCUGCAGCAGCUUCUGGCAGCAGAAGGCGAAGGAGACGAAGCAAAAGUGGCCAGAAUUGCGCAGCAGAUCUCCACCCUUGCUGCUGCCACUCCUGUGCACCUGCAGUCGGCGAAGAGGCAACAGUGCGCGCUGCAGCUGCAACUGCAGUACGAGCAGCAGCAGCAGCAGCGGAAGCAAGAGCGGGAACGGGAGCAGCAGCAGCUGCAGCAGUCGGAAGAUGAUGAGCGGGAAGCACGCAGGAGGCACAGCACCGCGGAGUCGCCUCAGCAGCAGCAGGGAGAGCAGCAGGAAGAACAGAAGCAGCGAAAGCAGCAGCAAGGACAGCAGCAGCAGCAGCAAACUGAUGACGAUGAAGAUGAUGAUGAGCCUGUUGUGCUGAAGCAUGUGAAACGAAGUGGCCAAGCGCGGCUGCAGCAGGAAGUAAUCGACGUGGACGCCAGCAGCAGCAGCAGCAGCAGCAGCAGCAGCAGUGACUCUGAAGAGGACGAAGAUGGCGUUGCUGGAGGUCUUCUCGACGCGGAUGAACUGAGGAAGCAGCAGGAAGAGCAGCAGUUGCUGCGGCAGCAGCAGGAGGACGCAAAGCAGGCUUUGCUGCAGCAACGGGAAGAACUGCAGCUGCAGAUGCAGCUGCAGCAGCAGCAGAAACGGAAAGCCAGAAUAGGCGUCGAUGAGUUCCUUGAAAUGUUCACAUCCGAAGACCUACAGAGUGCGCAGCAGCUGCUGCAGCAGCGAGAGGAGCGCCUGCAGGAUAAACGAAAUGCUCUCUCGGAGCAGCAGCAGCAGCACAACAGCAGGCAGCUGCUGCUGCAGCAGCACACAGUUGCAGGCAGAACUGUGCCAGAGGGCCCUGCUGUUGGCUUCCAUCCGGGCCUCACGCGUCUUUUUUUUAAGGGGGUCGAUGGUGAAGAAGAUCCUCGGAAUCUAAUGCCAAGAGGGGAGCUACGCGCGGAGUGCACGCGUUUUACGACGCUGCAGCGGGAGCUGCAGCAGCAGCAGCUGCGGCAGCAGCUGCAGCUUCGUCGGCAGCAGCAUCUGAAUGUCGAGCAGCAGCACAUGCACCAAGUGGUGCAGCAAGGCGCCUUCAGGCCGCCUCCGCAGCAGCCAAAAGAAAGAGAAUUUCAUCUGUCAGGGCAGCAGCCAAAAGGCUAUUCUUUCGUCAGCUCUCCUGUCACUUUGCCUGCCAAGAGAGCCCAGGAGCCUUCCUCAAGCGAGCUCACAUGGGGCUCGCUGCUCAGCACGCCAGUGCUGGUGCAGAUAGGCGCGACGACUCCCUGCAUAUCUUCUGCUGUUAUGGGCGACGCGGCGCCACUCAAGAGAGACUUCGUGGGCUUUCAAAUGCCGGAGCCUGCGGGCAGGGAAGCAGCAGCGCUGCGGCUGCAGCAGCAGACAGCGGAAAAGCACCACAGGAAGCAGCAGCACCGGCACACGCUGAUGGAAGAAGCAGCAGCAGCAGUCGCCGGCAGCAGCAGCAGAUGCGGCAGCACCGUUUUUGGGGAGCGCAGCCUCAGCGGCAGGCGAAGUGAGACCAUCUCUCUUGCUGCUGUGGCCAUGCGGAGGCUCGUGAGAGCCCGCAGCAGCUCGGCGGCCAAAGGCAACAGCAGCAGCAGCAGCAGCAACGCGCAGAUUGCUGCACUGAUGCAGUCGCCGCUUCUGCAGGCGCUCUCAGGCAGAGUUGUUCCCCAGGGAGGACUUGAUUUGCAGCUGCGGGCUGCAUACGCCCGGAAACGUAGGGGUGAGUUCGCGCAGCAGCAGCAACAGCAGCAGCAGCAGCGGGAGGGGCAGCUGCUGUGGGGAGAUGCAGGUGUCAGGGAGCUUAAAGGGUGCGUUUGUCGUUGA